AUGUCUUUGAGUGCACCACCUCCUGGCACAGCAAUGCCCGAUUUAUCAAAUGCAGUCAUGGCACAAGAUGAGAUGGGAAGACCGUUCAUUAUUGUUAGAGAUCAAGGUAAUAAGCAACGGAAACUGGGUAUAGAAGCUACGAAAUCUCAUAUAUUAGCUGCUCGUGCUGUAUCUCUGAUUGUUAAAACUUCGUUAGGUCCACGCGGGUUGGAUAAGAUUUUGGUGAGUCCUGAUGGAGAAAUUACGAUUACUAAUGAUGGGGCUACAAUUUUGACUCAAAUGGAUUUGGAUUCAGAGAUCGCCAAGUUAUUGGUUGAAUUAUCAAAGUCUCAAGAUGAUGAAAUUGGUGAUGGUACUACUGGUGUGGUUGUACUUGCUAGUGCUCUUUUAGAUCAAGCUUUAGAAUUGAUUGAAAAGGGUAUUCAUCCUAUUAAGGUUGCCAAUGGGUUUGAUGAAGCAUGUAAAGUUGCUGUGAAACAAUUAGAUUUUAUUGCUGAUAAGAUUGACGUUACAAAUACAUCUGUCAAUUCCGAUCUUUUCAAGGCAGCAAAGACCUCUUUAGGUUCCAAGAUUGUUUCCAAAUCUCAUGACCAUUUUGCAAGAAUGGCGGUGGAUGCUGUUUUAUCAGUGGCUGAUUUACAACGUAAGGAUGUUGAUUUUGAACUUAUCAAGAUGGAAAGUAAAGUUGGUGGUUCUAUUGAAGAUUCAGCUUUAAUUAAAGGUGUCUUAUUAGAUAAGGAAUGGUCACAUCCCCAAAUGCCUAAGACUAUGACAGAUUGUAAGAUUGCUAUAUUAACAUGUCCAUUUGAACCUCCAAAGCCAAAAACAAAACAUAAAUUGAAUAUCUCAUCAGUUGAAGAAUUCAAGGUGUUACAAGAAUAUGAACAACAAAAGUUUCAAGAAAUGAUUGAUUCAGUCAAAGAAUCUGGUGCUAAUGUUGUUGCAUGCCAAUGGGGAUUUGAUGAUGAAGCUAAUCAUUUAUUACUUUCUAAUGGUUUAAACGCUAUUAGAUGGGUUGGAGGAUCUGAAUUAGAAUUAUUAGCUAUUGCUACCAAUGGACGUAUCGUUCCAAGAUUUGAAGAUUUAACAUCUGAAAAGUUGGGUAGUGCUGGUGUCAUUAGACAAUUGGAAUUUGGUACUACCAGAGAUAGAAUGCUUGUGGUUGAAGAAUGUUCCAAUACUAAAGCUGUUACAUGUUUCAUUAGAGGUUCUAAUCAAAUGAUCGUGGAUGAAGGUGUUAGAGCACUUCAUGAUUCUAUCUGUGUUGUUCGUAAUUUGGUCAGAGAUGACCGUGUUGUUUACGGUGGUGGAGCAGCUGAAUUGACAUGUUCUUUAGCUGUUUCCGAAGCUGCUGAUAGACAAAUUGGUAUUGAUCAAUAUGCUUUCCGUUCAUUCUCUGCAGCUUUAGAUGUCAUUCCUAUGACAUUGGCUGAGAAUUCUGGUUUGGAUCCAAUUGAAACCUUGUCUGCAUUAAAGGCCAAACAAACAAAUGAACAAUGUCCUUUCCUUGGAGUCGAUUGUUUAGGAAAAGGUACCAAUGAUAUGAAGGAACUCUUUGUGAUUGAUCCUUUGAUUGGGAAGAAGCAACAGUUACUUUUGGCCACUCAGUUGACCAGAAUGAUCUUGAAGAUCAAUGAUGUCAUUAUCUCCGGUAAGGAUGAGUAUUGA